UACUCCAAGAUGGCGCACAGGGGUAAAAAGCUCUGUCUUGGUUCCGAUCGACACAGCUACAUAUCUCGUAUGAGAGAGCGGAAACAGAAAAAACUGUACUCGGAGGACUGGGCGCUGGGCGACGAGGACAUUGAGGGGCGGCGGACGUUCAAUCUACAAGACAAACUGGACGACCCCGCGUUCUCCUCCAGCAACAUCGUCAAGGAGAUGCACGGCAACGAGCUCAACGUCGCCUAUUUUCAGAGGCAUGGCUUCAACACUCCCCUACUGUUCAAAGAAAAGACUGGAUUAGGUUUGAGGGUGCCCACCUCGAACUUCACCAUAAACGACGUCAGGAUGUGCGUCGGGUCGCGCAGGGUUCUAGACGUGAUGGACGUCAACACGCAGAAGAACAGCGAGAUGACCAUGAAGGAGUGGCAGAAGUACUAUGAGGACACCGAAAAGGACAAGCUGCUGAAUGUGAUAUCCCUGGAGUUCUCCCACACGAAGCUGGAGAACUACGUCCAGAGCCCGACGGUAGUCAGACAAGUGGACUGGGUAGAUUGCGUCUGGCCAAGACACCUAAAAGAAAGCCAGACGGAAGCCACCAAUGUCUUAGAAGAGAUGAAGUACCCCAAAGUCCAAAAAUACUGCCUUAUGUCCGUCAAGGGAUGCUACACAGACUUCCACGUGGAUUUUGGGGGCACUUCGGUGUGGUAUCACAUAUUAAAAGGAUGCAAAGUGUUCUGGUUGAUACCGCCAACGGAACACAACCUUGAUCUCUAUGAGCGCUGGGUGCUUUCCGGGAAGCAGUCGGACAUAUUCUUCGGUGAUACCGUAGAGAAAUGCGCGAGGAUAGUCCUACACGAGGGCAACACUUUCUUCAUACCCACCGGAUGGAUACACGCCGUCUACACACCCAUGGAUUCCUUAGUUUUCGGGGGAAACUUUCUUCACUCGUACGGAAUUGACAAACAGUUAAAAAUUGCACAGGUGGAAGACACGACGAAGGUACCUCAAAAAUUUCGAUAUCCGUUUUUCACUGAAAUGUUAUGGUACGUCCUGGAGCGAUACGUGCAUUGUUUGUUGGGCAAUUCUCAUUUAACCACCGGCCACGACUCACCUAUACCUCCAGAUAGACCACAUAUACAUCUCACACAAGCAGAAUUGCACGGACUUAAGGAAAUUGUGAUGUACCUACACAUGCUGCCGCCUAACAAGAAAAAUGUGCCUGAUCUACUGAGGGAUCCGGUCUCUCUCAUUCAAGACGUUAGGACGCUCAUAGGCCUUCACAGGCAAGACAGUCGCGAAUUAGCUGUUACGGGACGACCUAUACUUACAGUGACGGAGGAUAUAGACAACAGAUCGAAAAUAAUGAAUUCUCGGGGACCAUACAAUAAGGGGAACAAUCUGAGUAAAUCUUUAAAACCUGGGCUGUUCAAGGGACCGAAAUCUUCUCCGGCAGGUGACAAAGGGGGCCCUCGGAGACGAAGGACAAGGUGCAAGAAAUGUGAGGCCUGCCAAAGGAGCGAUUGCGGAGAGUGCAGCUUCUGCCUGGACAUGGUUAAAUUCGGGGGCCCCGGCAGGGCCAAACAGACAUGCAACAUGCGCCAGUGUCUCCAACCGAUGCUGCCAGUUACCGCGGCCUGCUCCCACUGCGGUCUGGACGGAUGGAUGCAGACGCCCGUUACGCCCUUACAGAAGGGACCGCAGCGCUGUGAGAGUGCCAGCAAUUUGAUGGAGUGCUCGGUGUGCUACGAAAUCGCCCACCCCAUUUGCAUGCAACGGCUGUGCCCGGAAUUCACCGGGUACAUCAACGAGGACAUGCCCAACUCUUGGGAGUGCCCCAUGUGCUGCAAACUGGGCAAAAACACCGACUACAGACCACGUCACUUCCGCGCCAGGCAAAAAUCGUCCGACAUGCGCAGAAUGUCCAUCAGUUCCGACGCAUCGAGUGCUUUCGACAACAAGCACCACCAGGAACAGGUGUCGGACUCGGGUAGUGAAAACGACAACAAAGACAAUAAGGAGUUGCUGCCGAUAAAGAAACGUAGGUCUAGUGAUAGUGCCGAGGUGGAAACGAAAACGGUGGCGAUUAGCGAUCCGCCACGAAAGACUGCUUUCAGGAUGCAGCUAGCACAUCAAAUAGCUAGUAACUCUACUAAGGUGUUGAAAAAGCCGAUGGUGGUCGUACGACCGGCGCCGCUCAUGAUGCUUAACACUCUCCCGACGAAUAACCUGGCUUUGGACAAGCGUUGUAUACUGCACGUCUUUAAAUAUUUAAACCCAAAAAACUUGCUAGUGUGUGCGUUGGUUUGCAAAACCUGGGCUACUUAUACCAUAGAUCCCUCCUUGUGGAAGCAAAUGGUCUUUAACCGUAGACACAUAUCCUCCGACAUACUCAAAGGUAUCGUCCGCCGGCAACCCGAAUGCUUAAACUUGGACUGGUGUCAUAUAAAUAAAUUUCAACUACCCUGGCUCAUCCAGAGGUUGAAUCAACUGAAAGAGUUGUCCCUCGUGAGUGUUAACAUAAAAACUGCGAUUUCGUUGCGCACGAAUCACUCCGCCAUUUUACAAGUCUUAGAUUUAAGUUUCGUCUCGGACUUCUCGGAUUCUGCUCUUAGGGAAAUCCUCGGGCCGAACAACGACUCUCGCGGUGGUCUGACGACCGAAAAAAUCCGCUUUCGCAACUUAAGAGGUCUGAAGCUCGUGGGUACCGACGUCACCGAUAUCGCCAUGCGGUACGUCACCCAGUACCUCCCCAGUUUGCAACACUUGAACUUAAGUCUGUGCCCGCGCAUCUCGGACGCCGGUAUCGCUCAACUAAGUACAAAGCCGGCUAACACGGUUGCGAAUCUGGUCAGUCUGGACUUGAGCCACUCGAAGUUGGUGACGGAGAACAGUUUAGAAUACCUAUCGAAAUGCGAGAAGCUGACGAGAUUGGACUGUAGGCAUUCGCUGCAAAUAUCCACUCAGGCGCUUAUCAAAUUUGCCGCUAAGAGCGAACAUAAUCUGCAGGUUAGGGAUAUCAAACUCGUAGACGUUAGACAGAAAGUGCAAUGAAUAUAAAUAAAACUUUUGAUAUUUCGCUUCAUGGAUAUCAGCCACUUGUAGACAACCGGCAGGACUUGUUAAAUCGCCUUAACCCACUCCAAGUCUCAGUCCCGUACAAAAUGUAGUACAGCCGAAAUCUUCAAUAUCGCUUAUGGCUACCCUUUCCCUUUUUAUAGCAGAGUGCAAGAAGAGCCCUAAACGACGGACUGAUACGAAUAGUACCCGUCGGUUCCUUGCUUAGGGUGGUACUUCUGUGAUAAGUAUGCCGCUGAAUUAAAUUAAUUCGGCCAUAUCAUAUUUAUUUGUACCUACCAAAGUUUAUAUUUAUGUUUUCUUUAUAUGUGAUGAAUUAAUUGAUAUGUAACGUUCUUUGUGUAUAUAGUUUAAUUUGUUGAGAGAAUGUUUUAUUUGUGUUUGAUUACAAAGUGGAUGUUAUUUGUCUGUAACUUUCGAUAUAACGUAUGAAGUUAUUAUAAUUUGUGCAAUUUGAUGAAUCGGCACAGUUUUUAUGUAUAAAAGUAUUACUAGUAAGUAGUAAGAUAUAUUUUUU